CAGGCUAUCCUCUCCCUGCUGCACUGUGCCAAACCUCUCACCGAGGUUUCACUAAGGAUGGAGGACACAGGCGUAACCGAGGAUCAGCCGACUUGUGCCCUCUGCCACUGCCCAUUUCCUGAUUUCGAUGCAUUGCCCUGUGGCCAUUACCUUUGCUCAAACUGUAUGGAGGAUGCCCGGUCCAAGGGAGAAGCUGCGGGCAGACUGGACUGCCCAGUGUGUAUCAAUCCAUCGGUCUCGGAGCCCAGGCUGGAUGGGGCAAGCCAACCGGAGAAAGCUGCUGUCCCCUCCCUCACAGCCGAGGUCCCCCCACCUGGAAGAGACCCUCAGGAGGUGGGCAUAGGUGACCCUGCAGGAAAGCUCCCCGGUGAUCCUAUAGAGAGACAGUGCCGUGAACACAAGGAGCCUCUGGAGUUCUACUGUGAAGACGAUGGAGAGUGUGUGUGUGGGCCGUGUACAAUAACAGGCAAACACAAAUCCCACUCCCUGCUCAGCUUGGAAAAGGCAGCAGCUGAGAUUAAGGGAAAACUACUAAACAGAGUGAGGAGUAUUCUGCAAACUCAACAGAGUUAUCACUUCAAAUAUCAGGAUCUCCAAAAAUCAGAAGAUGAAUUGAAGAUGCAAAUCAAGAGACUGCAAGGAAACAUAUCAAAGAAGUUCUCUGAGUGGAGGAAGAACCUGGAAGAAGAUGAAGAGAGUGUACUGAAGCUGAUUGAUGAGGAAGGAAUUCGACUGGCAGAUCAGAGCAGCAACUGCUCCAAGACAUUAAACGAGAAGAUGGAUUUGAUCAAACUGUUAGACGACGAGGCACAGAGUCUGACACAAAGUGAUCGUCUGUCAUUUUUUCAGAAAUCUAAACAGCUCCUUUCCAAGGCAACAGAGCUUCAGAACCAAAAAACACUGAUUGAUCAGAGGGAUUCGUUGAACAUUCGUUCUAUAUCUGAGCAAGUCAAGGUGCUGAUCGAUAAAUCGAUGGCAUACUACUCGAUUAUAUUGAACAUGAUAGGUGAAUGGGCACAGCUCACAUUGGACACCAAAACUGCCUACUGGUUCUUGACAGUCUCCGAGGACGCCCGCUCUCUGACGUUCGGAUAUGACCUGCAGCCAUACCCGUCCAAUCCAGAGAGGUUCAGGACCCACCGCCAGAUCCUCUGUUGCCAGAGCUUCACCUCGGGUUAUCACUCCUGGGUAGUGCAGGCUGAAGGGAUCGCCUGGGGCAUAGGGAUUGCAUAUGGGAGUAUAGCGAGGGAGGGCGAGUGCUCAGACCUGACCAACUCCAGCAAAGCCUGGUGCAUUCAUCUGAAUCAUGGCACCCUCACAGCCAGUCACAAUGGGCUACACACCGACAUAAUCAAGGAGCCGUUGCACACCAGGUUCCAGGUGGAGUUAGAUUAUGAGGCAGGCUACGUGUCAUUUUACCAAGUGGGGGACACUGCCCAACACUUAUAUACAUUUCGGACCAUGUUUAGUGAGCCCGUAUUUCCAGCAUUCUCUUGCUUCUACAUUUCCUCCAUAAAACUGUGUUAAACAGGGGAUUUUACAGCAUAGACUCAGGCCAAUCAGUCCAUCGACCAAGUGCUUCAUGAGGCCUAUCCCGCCUCAGCAUAUCCUUCCUCCAUCACAGAUAUUAUCCACCUUCCCCUGAAAUGCAUCUAUGCUGUUCACCUCCUUGUCACUCUCGAAAGAAGCAAGCCUCCUGCUGAACUCACUAUGGGAUUUCAUUAUUUGCAAUUUAACUUGCGUUAACGGGUAGAAAUGCUGGAAAUAUUCGAUGAGGCACAUCUACCACUGGCCUUAAACACAAAUGAAGGCAUUUUCUUUACUUCAAUCUUGGUGAUGUUUCCCUUUUCUUAAAGCUAAGGAUAUUGAACUCUUUUUUUAAAAAAAAACUGUUCUUGGAAAGUGAGUAUAUUUUUGGCGUUGCCUGAGGAGGCCCUGAAGAUAAACCACCUUCCUCACCCUCUUUAGUUGCUAUUCUGUUUUGUUGUUUUAUACAGCUCAGAGGCUGGCCCAGGCCCUUUAAGAGGGAAGUAGAGUCACGAGUCAAACACGCUGGUCCGUAUCUGGGAUCACAUUUAGAUCAGACAGGGUAAGGAUGGCACAUUUCCUGCGAGGUAGUAUGGACAGAGCGUCUGGAAAGUCAUUCACCCAACCCAAGGAGCUACUUGAUGGUGGGGCCAGGUUAAAACCACAGUUCAUUCGCUUUCGGAUGAACUUAUAGCCAAGAUCACAAAUGCAGCUCAAAUUAUUUAUCAGCAAAUGGAGGUUGUUUUC